AUGCUUGGCGCCACUUUUACACAUGUGCGCAGACAAUGUCGCCAUGAGGGGUUAAUACCAGGAUUCCACUCAACACAGUACCGUAUUGACCCUGCCUUCCUUCAUGCCACGAGUGGAAGGCGAUCUACGGUCUCGUGCGCCGCGGCGCCUAGACGCACGACGAAAAGUUCGAGAAUUCAAAAGGGAGGUGCAAAGAAGCCGCCUUCCAUGGGAAAGAACAAGGUUACCUUAACAGAUGAGCAGAAGCAACAGAUCGACGCAUUGGCUAAGGCUCAUAUCGAAGUCACGGAUUCACCCUCGUACAUCCAAAAACUUAAGCUCAACACCCACUCAGAGGAGUCGAGUCCAUACCUCACCCUCUUCGAAUCGGAGAAGCUGACGAAGGAUGACCUGGUUGGCAUCGACCUGCCUUUCGGAUUGGUGCCACCCGACCGGUAUGAGCUCUGGAAACUUUGUGGACACGUGUGCGACCCGCUGCCUGUGAUAAGCUCACAGUCUAUGACGCCGAAGCAGUUCACGCAGCGGCUCUUCGGCAAGAAUGAGCGAAUCACCAGAGAUGAGUUCAACUACAACAUCGAGUACAAGAUGCGUUUCUACGCACCCGGGUAUGGCGACAUAUUCUUAAUGGACAAGGUGCGAUGUUGGAGAGCGUGGUUCCUUUUCCGCGGGCUAAAGGAGGGGAGAGAGGACCUCCCAACCUAUCACAGCAUACACCAGAUCGCACGCCCCAAGGAUGAAGUGCCGCUCAGCGCGGCAAUGUUGAGUGUAAACUACGAGGUGAAUAGGCAGGGGGUACACCCAGCGCUGCUGGACAUGUUGUGGGACUUUUUCACGGACAACAACUCGGUGAUUAGACGUGAUGAAGUGACGGCAAAAUUAAAUUGGGUGGUCGACCGCCUACCCGACCUGGACCCAGGAGAGGGUAUUUCCCCAGACAAUUUCUACAAGAUCUUCAUCGAGCCUGCGCGCGAGUACCUUGCUAAGUUCGACAAGGAGGCGUUUGCAGUAGGUGCGAAUUUGAAAGCAAACAUGCUCCCACAGCGGCAGCAACUGCGCAAAAUCCACGAACAAAGCUUGCGGCAGAAGGUGCUGAGCAACAACAAAGCACUGAGACAGCGGUACAAAAUUCUAACCUCCGCCUACCUCGACGAGAUCCGAAGCAUGUACAAGGUGCCCACGCCAGAAUUUUACAAGCAAUACGAGCGGCGGCGACUCACAGGGUACUUCAACCUGCUUGCAGAUAUGCAAGAGCGCCGUAUGAGGAGACGGGCGAUGUCAAAGGAGAAACUCGACGAGCUAAAGGCCGCCAAAGCCGACGCUCCGGUUCAGAAGAAAAAGAAGAGAGAAAAGAAACCGUCGAAGCGGAACAAGAAAUUGGGAAGGGGAGUGAUGAAUUAG